AUGAAUUUUGCAUCGGCGAAUAUUGGACGUAAGAUAGCAGGAGUGGGAGUGGACAUUGUCUAUUUGCCAAGAUUUGCUCAUCUGCUAGAGAAGUAUUCUCCAUUCGACCCGCGUAGUCGUUCCACUUUCGAUAAAAUAACACAAAAGUUUAUGCAUGAAAAGGAAAGAUUUCAUCUUAGUAAUCUUCUUAUCGAAGAAAACCGCUUAAGUCCGCGAUUGCAAGAAUAUAUGGCGGGUAUUUGGGCUUUGAAGGAAUGUUCAUUGAAAGCCUUAUGUUGCCGUGUUUCAAAGCAUGAUCUACCUCCUGCCCAAGUACUGUAUGCCGGAAUGCUAUAUAAAACGCAGAACGAUGCAGGUGUGCCCCGAUUAGAGUUUGAUAAGAUGUUCGAUAAAAAGUAUCCAAAAUAUCAACAGCUCUCGAAAAUGUAUGGCUCCCUCUUCUCUACCCAUGAGUUCCUAGUGUCACUAUCACAUGACAAAGAUUAUUUGAUUGCAAUAACAAACUUGGUGGAAAGAGAAUAA